AUGGAGGACCCACAUGCACCGACCCUUCAGGUUGUGGUCUUUGAGCGGCUGUUGCAGCUUACAUGGCUGGCGUGGCGUUUGGCGGUGGCAACUGGGCAGAAGGAAAAUGCCAAAAAGAAAAGCCGAGAACAUCGUGUGAAAGCUGUCAAAGUUGGCAUGAAGAAGCAACGGGUGCAUCUUUUCCAGCCACAGUUGGCUCGCGAAGCGACCUUCGACUUUACGGAAGAGCUUGACAAAGCGUUGGAAUACCUUGAGAAAAUCUCGAAGCCUCCAAAACCUCAUUUUGACACAUCCAACGCGAGCUCUCUCCUGAAGCUUGCACGGAUGGCCAUCAAUAGGCAACAGCUGAAGCUGAGCAAAAUGACGGCAGAAGAAUUUGCUGAGGCGGUAAUCACUGCCAAUGCCCUGGGCAAUGAUCGGAAGGAAGCCAAGAGUGCAAAGGAGUUUCGUCUCAAAAGCGCGCAGCUCAAUUUGAGUUUGCAGCGUCCUGCAUUGGAGCUGGAGGAGCUCCAGAUGGCCUUGAUGGCUCUUACACCAGAUCGGGAAGAUGUCCUGGGAUCAGACAACUUGGAAAAAGCACAGUUGCUGUUGCUCCGUCAGAAAUUCCGCUUUGCAGCUUCAUCACCCAAAUAUUCAUCGGAUGAGUUGCACCUCAUUCUGGAAAAGCUGGAGCAGCUCGAAGCACUUGGUGGUUUGGAGCAUACAAGCGCCAAUGAGCCUGAGCUUCCUGACUUGGAGUCCAGGAUACAGCUUGCAACAUCUCAGAAAGUCUUGGAAGCAGAAAGUGUUGAGCCGCCACCGCCGGGUGAAGGACAGACUGUGACAGAAGUACCGGCAUCAGAUGCCGGUAACAGGAUACAUGUCGGAAAGAGAACAACAUGGCCACAGUCAGGACAGCAGGUAUUUGGAUUAGAAGAAGGAAGCCGAAGAACAUGGCCAGAAGUUCCCGCACAGCGGGCCGAGAUCCAAGGGGAGUUCCAAGAUGUUUCGCCAAUACCAGCAGCGCGAGAGGUAAGUGGUGGUGAGCAGCUACUGGCAGAAAGGAUAGUUGUGGCAAGUGUGGUGGACCCUCUCAACUCUAUCGAGAGUCCAGUGAAAUCAGAAGAGUUUGAGGCCCGCAAGAGCCUCAGUGAGAGCCUUUGCGAGAGCUUUGGGGGUAGCAAGAAGGUGCAGGGUGCAGAUGUUCAGAUCGAGGUGAAACCGGUCACUGGGGUCGAGCAACUCAUGUCGAGCGAGAGGCAAGACCUGGGCCGGCCAUGUGUACCUGGACAGGGUGAUGAAGCAGGUUUGCCACAGGAAAUGAUCCAAGCGCAAGGGCCCGCAGAAGCGCACGGGGAACCAAUCCUUGAGAGUGGAAGCGGCUCAGAUUCUGACGAUGGUUUCUCCGCUCACGUAGUGAUCCAAUCACUGCGCUGGUUUGAGUGGCAGAAGCGCGUAGCCUUGGCCCACCGUGUAGGUCGUUGCAUGGCGGAGGUCCACCGUUCCCAGGACGUUGGUAGCUUAUUGUUGGCCCUCUCCUGGUUUCAAGCGUCGCGACGAAGUUCCAAAAAGAUUCCCGUUGCAAUCCCAGCCCGCAAUGAAGCCUUGCAUACAGCGUCCUGUGCCUUGCGCUGGUUUCAGCAUCAUCGCUCUUUGACACGCGCUCGCCAAGCUGCAUUGGCUGCCGCGCGCAAGCAUCAUGCCGUGGAGAACAAUUCCAGUGCCAUGAGCCACUUGAUUCAUGCAGCAUAA